UCCUCCUAUACCCAUUUUACUAAGAGAGGGAGCUUACAGGAGGUAACAGCUGUGAGCGCGAAACAUUGCUCAUCCCUGCUCUAGAGUUAAUUUUUAAACAGUUCAUCACCUAAUUAAAGUAACAUACUCAUUAUGGAUUGAAGUAACAGAAACUGAAGAGCUGCUAGAAAAGUCGAAAAGUAUCGGAAAGUGGCAUACUGGUUGUUACGAAAUAACUACAGAAUUAUCGAUUUUUGUGUGUUUUAAACUGACGGCGGCAUUGGGAUUGUGUACUUUGCGUUGUGGUUGCUCGAAUGGGUUUUAUAAAGAUUUAUAAACUGUAGGUAUUGUAGGGUUUUCAAAAUAGGCACAAGAAAUCGAUAAACGCGUAAAAUAGUGGUAGUCGAUCCCGUUACAAAGUGCGAAUGUGAAAGGGAGAGAGAUAUACAGCGUGGCUUACUGUUGUACCAUUGAAACGGUAUUCAGCGUUAAAAUAUAAAUAGUAAAUAGAUUUAACGUUUGUGUUUCGACUGGUUGCUGAAAGACUGAAGAAAGAUGGCUGGCGGUGGAGACCCAAAAUGGCAGAAGGAUGCUGCAGAUCAAAAUUUCGAUUAUAUGUUCAAGCUGCUCAUCAUUGGAAACAGCUCUGUAGGCAAAACUAGUUUCCUGUUUCGCUAUGCGGAUGACUCGUUCACUUCAGCAUUCGUGUCGACUGUUGGUAUUGACUUCAAGGUGAAAACAGUCUUUCGCCAUGACAAACGGGUGAAACUUCAGAUAUGGGAUACUGCAGGACAAGAACGCUACCGCACCAUAACUACAGCAUACUAUCGAGGAGCUAUGGGUUUCAUUUUAAUGUACGACAUUACAAAUGAAGAAAGCUUUAAUAGCGUCCAAGAUUGGGUAACGCAAAUUAAAACUUAUUCAUGGGACAACGCACAAGUGAUCCUGGUGGGCAACAAAUGCGAUAUGGAGGAAGAACGUGUGGUUAGCGCAGAACGCGGGAGACAGUUGGCCGAUCAGCUUGGAGUAGAGUUCUAUGAAACAAGUGCUAAAGAGAACAUCAAUGUUAAGGCUGUAUUUGAACGAUUGGUCGACAUAAUCUGCGACAAGAUGUCCGAAAGUCUCGAUUCGGAGCCCGCCAUGUUGGCUGGUGGAGCACGUGGACAACGUCUCACAGAACAGCCGCAAGGCAAUAGCAACCCUAACUGUAACUGUUAAUAGAAUACACAAUACCAUGAAAACAUUUUAGUUUUGCGUUUUAUAAUAGCUUAAUUUAGUAAGUAAUUCUUUAUUUCACAUUAAUAUUAAAUUUUAUUUAUUUGCGAUAUAUUUUUCAAAAUAUAAAUAAUUUAAAAAAUCUAAUAAUGUUGACAAAAAGCUAUUACAUAAUAAUUUUUUAUUUAAAAAAAUUUAACCUUAUAUUUAAAUGCUUGAAUUUUUUUAAAAAAAUGUUUUUGUUACAACCAACUUUAAAAAUUUUCUUGAUAUUUUUUAAAUAUAUUUAUAAUUUUUUUUUGCAGGAAAUGUGAUUUUUUUUAAUUGUAUUAUAUAUAAUUUAUAAUCAAUGGUAAUGGUUUAUAAUUGUUACGAUUUCAAGCAUAAAGUAAUUUAAGAAAAAUUGAUUGAGUGAUUGUUAAAAACUUGUGUAACAAUAAUAAAAAAAAUGUAUUAGUAUUAUAAAACCUAUAGGUGUUAGAUAGCUAUAUCUAUGUAUAUUGCGAGCUGGAGUAGGGAUCUGAUACUUCUAAUAGUUGUUAAAAUUUUUAUCUUAAUGAUGAAUUUAUGGCAUAAAUAUAUUUUUUAUUAUUUAUUCGCUUUUAGGAUUAUUUUACGCUAAUUAAAAUAAUUGGUAUGUAAUCGUUUAAGCUGCGUUUAAGUAGUACGUGUUUUACAACGAGAUCUUAUUAUUAAGAGCUUUGAGAAAUAAAUUAUUUAUUUAUAUGCUGCGUAUACAACAUGUAAGUUCUUUCACAUAUGGUUAGUCGCAUAUUCGUCUUGACCCAUGCUGCAUUCUCAACGAGCAUGCGUAUGCGACGACACGUGUGCGAAAACACUAAAUCCUAUUUUAGUUAGGAUUUUGUUAUUUUCUUUCAACUCAAUGUAUAGAUCGUAAAAAUCUGUCUUACUCUGAGAUAUGGACCAAAUUUUUUUUUUAAUCUGAUCCAGACGCACUGACGAAACGUAAUAAGAGUAUUUUACAUGUCGAUGGUAUGGUUCAUAAUGUAUCUAAUCACAAAACUGUCUAUUUUAGAAGGCAACUAUCUAAAGAGUUUAGGGUUGCUUAACACGACUGUAGAUAAUUGGAUUCUUUGCCGAAAAAUUUUGCAAUUAAUACAAAUAUGAACUAAGCUCUUGAUAUAUGUUACUUUUUAUUUAACGUUUUGAAUUAGCUUCGAAUUGUUUAGAUGUAAUUAGUGUUACAGUUAUCUAUUGCUAUUAGACUACGUUGCUUCGUACGACUAUAAGGUAGUUAAAUUGAUCAAUGUUUAUUGUUAUACUUUGGCGUAAUCAUUAUAUUAUCUUGAAGUUAUAUUGUAUUAAUGUUAUCAUCAAUGUAUUUGUAACUGCAUGUAACUGAAUAAGCUUCAGAUCUUGGCCUGCAUAACUAAAUGUUCUACUUAUUCGGGUAUCUUUAAUAAGAUCGCCCGUAUGUUUGUAAAUAUGUGUUUACAAGUGUAUAAAUAAACAAUUGUAUAGUAUUAUAUCUACCUACGUAUAAAUCUGUUUGUAUUCUUGUUACCUACUAUGCUAUGUUAAUAUCUAACUAUAGGUGUUUAUUUAAUCACAAAUUGUUAGGCUAAGUGAUAUUGUACUAUGUAACCUUUUACUUGAAUUGCAUCAUCAGUUACCUAUUAUUGAGUAAAUAAAAAGUAUAGGACCCAGUGGUUAUAGAACAGUUAGAUUUAAAAUCAGAAGAUAAAUGUUACUUAUAAUCUAAGAUGGUUGUGUUAUUGACAAUUCCGUUGGUGUACAUUAGUUGGCAUAACUGAGGUCUUAGAUUCCCUUUUUGGUCGGGCUAAUUUAGAAGAUUAACAAUCCUUCAGACUCAUAUUUUUGUUGAGAACAAAUUAAACUAAUACACCUUUGGUUUGAAGUUUGGGAAUUAGCAGUCAAUUUAUGCAAACAAAUAUUUAUUUAUUUUUAUACAGCAAAAAAGGCUUUGAAAUUUCGAAUAUCGGGUUCUAAUUUUGAAUCUGACUAGUCGACAAUCGCGCUAACUGGGCUAACACUAGACUUAUUAUCUUGUAGACGACAUAGACAAUACGAUUUAUAUCAAAUUCUGUUGAAACAUGAGCACAUUAUUUUUUUAGGAACUAAUUAUUAGGAAAAUUAGUUAAGUAAUGUGUUGACAUCAUUUUGAUGAAUUAUAAACAUAUACGUACUAUAUUGAAACUAUAAUAAUUUAUUUAAUUGGUCAUCGCUUCAACAAAAUACCUAAAUUAAAGAUAUAUCAAAUUUAUGAUGAAUAUAACAAAAGGCCGCUAAAUUAUAUCGUCUUAGGAAAAAUAUAGAUUUGUUCAAUAUUAUAUAUGUAUUAUACAUUGAUAUUAAAGCAACAAUAUAUUUACAAGAUACUGAGUUUUAAAAAUUGCGACUUGCCUUUAUUGAAAAACCUUAAACAAAAUGCAACAGCCUCUGAUCUACAGUCACCUUUGCGUAUAUUAAAAAAAAAUUGGAAUGUAAAUUUGGAAAUGUCAAUUUGACGAAAUCAAUUACGUUGUGGACCCAAUAUUACAAAGUAUAGAAUUUACAGUCAGGUGUCGUAUACGUUGAAAUUAUUUACUGCCGCCCAAUAUAUUGAAAAUCAGUUAAUUAUACUAGACUUGACUAAAUAUUAACUCAAUAAUACGAGUAUAAUAGGUAAAUAGACGUAAAAUAUAUUUUAUAGCAGUACUAGUUUGAUUGGUCGAUUUUUUGGGCAGCAGUAAAAGUUUCUGAAUAGAUCCCGCAGUGGACUUUAAACAUUAUGAAUAAACUGAUAUAUAAAGAGAGUUGUAAUUGUAGACGUAUCGUAUCUAGCAAUGUGUGUGAGUCCUAUAGAAGGACACGAAAAGGCAUAUCGUAGUGACGGGCUUUAGGUAGAAAUGUUGUUUAGCAAAAAAAAUAGUACUUACACUUUAACUGAUAUUAUAUUUGUACCAAAUGGAAAUAUGUGAAAUGCAUUUAUAGUCACCAAUAAAUUUUCUUUAUUUGUAUUAAUUUCAUACAUCAAUCAUAAUGCUUAGCUCACAAAUCAGUGGAAUUUAUAAUAAUCGAUUAGCUACUCUUCAUUGAAAUGUAUGUUAUAAUAUUUGUUGUGUGUUAAUAAAGGAAUUAUUUAUAAUACACCGAUGUAAGAGAUUCACGAAUAUAUAUUAUAACAUA